GGCAAAUUUCGUGUUUGGGACAUUUCGUCUCAACUUGCUCACGGGGCACAGUAUGUUGCAGGUCCAGUCAAAUCGAGGCUUACAUUCAUGUACAAGUGUACACGAAUAGCAUCAAGAACAAAAUUGACUUUUCAAUACUCAUAUCAUAUGAUCUUGGCUUUUUCCAACAGCUGCGUGCUUGGAGUGGUAUACCUCACCAAAUGAUUCCUUAUCAAUACCCACUAUGCGCCUUCCCCGGUCGUGCAUAGCAUGGGAACUGCCCUGAAACUACGGAACUUAAAUUUAUGACGCCUUGGCUAGAUCAUCUGAAAGCUAGGUAUCUUAGCGGGGGAAGGGAGCUCUGGAGAUAGAGAAACUUACAAUGCUUAACAGCAUUUAAAGGCAGUGUUUCCCUCAAUAAACUUAUUCUCUCCUCAAACCAUCUAUCUCUAAAUCACAUCUACUUACAAAAGAAUUAUUAUUAACUAAAUUUUCCAUCCACCUUGAUCAAAUUACUGAACAUGGCUUCUCUCCAAGGCUUGUCAAAGAUCAGACUGAUUCCUAACAAGAACUACAAAAGAUCCGGCACCAAAUCAUAUGUAUAUCUACUCAACAAAUGGGGCUUUGAGCCCACUAAACCUGGACCAUACUUCCAGAUGAACAAGGCCACCGCAACUUCAGCCAGCUUCCACAAGUUUGGCCAUAAAUCACAAACUCAACGUGUGUUGGCAAAGAAGACCGCUACCGGGGAGAACGGUGAAGUCCCAGCAGAAGACCAACAAAAUGACUCUGAGUAUCUCUGCCCUGUGCAGAUUGGUACGCCGGCACAAACUCUAAUGCUAGACUUUGAUACUGGAUCGUCGGAUUUAUGGGUCUGGUCCACAGAACUGCCCAAAGCCACAACUUCCAAUGCAACCGGCCACACAAUCUUCGACCCAAAAAAGUCUUCCACUUUCAAAGCUGCCAAGAGUUCCAAGUGGCAAAUCUCAUAUGGUGAUUCCUCUUCUGCUUCAGGUACCGUUGGAACAGAUACUGUUUCUCUUGGUGGUCUGGCCAUCAAAAACCAGGCAGUUGAGCUUGCAACCAAGUUGUCUGCUCAAUUUGAACAGGGUGCCGGCGAUGGAUUGCUUGGUCUCGCAUGGGGUAGCAUCAACACCGUCACACCCACACCAGUUGCUACACCUGUUGAGAACAUGAUCAGCCAAGAAGACAUCCCAUCAGACGCCGAGCUUUUCACUGUAAAUCUCGGUAGUUGGCGUGACGCCGACGAAGCCGACAAAGGUGCUAGUUUCUACACAUUUGGCUACAUCGACCAAGACGUUGUUGGAAGCCAAGAAAUUUACUACACUCCUGUGGACAACUCUCAAGGAUUCUGGAUGUUUGACUCCACAUCUGCUACUGUCAAUGGCAAGACUGUUGCGCAGACCGGUAACCAAGCCAUUGCCGAUACCGGAACUACCCUUGCAUUGGUCUCUGAUGAAACUUGUCAAGCCAUCUACGAUGCAAUCCCGGGAUCUACUUAUGAUUCGGAACAACAAGGAUACACAUUCCCAAGUAACACCAGCGCUGACGAUCUCCCUGUCGUCACUUUCGCUGUUGGCGGCAAGCAAUUUGCAGUUCAAAAGGAAGAUUUGGGAUUUGCGGAUGCGGGUAAUGGUAUGGUAUAUGGCGGUAUCCAAUCCAGAGGCUCUAUGACUUUUGAUAUUCUUGGUGACACUUUCCUCAAGGGAAUUUAUGCUAUCUUUGAUCAAGGUAACACCCGAUUUGGAGCCGUUCAAAGAACCGAAGCUACACAGAACACAGCCGCUCCCCCAGCUUAGAUUAUUUUCAGGCAUGGAGUAUGGUUUUGGAACUUUUGUUUAUUUGGGAGGAUUUGUCAGGCUAUGGGUUUGGUUGGGAGUGUUCGGGUCAUAGGCAACAGGGGCACAUCUUGUUGUUGGAUGUGUUGUUUCUUUGGGCUUUAUCAUAACCUAGGGUUAGAAUCGAUUAUUCUUCCUUCUUGAUUUCUUGUUCA